AUGCCGCGGCAAUCGUCGUACAAUGCCCUCUACGUCAACCCCGACCAGAAGCACAACCGCAGCUUCAGCGAGGACAUCCGCAGCAGCCCAAGUGACCAUUCCAAACCAGACCACUUGGCUUCGGCUUCAAACGACGACGAAGACAAAGAGAACUCAACGCCAAACAACAACAGCAAUGACAAGGAGAACUUGCUGUCGAAGCCACUGACGAAGCAGAAUCUGAACAAGUCCUUCUCCACCGGCUGCGGCGGAGGCGGAGGUGGGGCCGCCUUGAAGCCUUCGUCGCUUCAGUUCUGUAUGCAGAUGAGUGAGCCGGAGAAGGAGCUCUUUGGUGGGUCCAAGAUGUGGGACCCGCCCAGCGUGGCGUCGGACAACUCGAGCUCUUUGAAGAUUUGGGACUAUUCGGAUUCUGAGGCUGCUCCUGCUUCUUCUUGGUCCACUCUGCCUAAUAAGUCUUUGUUGUGUAGGCCAUUACCUAUGGAUGUAGGAAGAUGCACUUGUGUUAUAGUGAAGGAAAAAUCUCCAGAUGGGGGCUUUCUGUAUUCUCUCUACACUAAUGAAGGCAAAGGAAGGCAGGACAGGAAACUAGCUGUUGCACGCCAUAAGCGACGUAAUGGAAAAUCAGAGUUAACUAUUGCUCAAAAUAUGAAGGGAAUAUUGUCACAUUCUGAUGAUAGUUUUAUUGGGAUGGUAAAUGCUAAUCUCAUGGGCUCAAAGUACCACAUAUGGGAUCAGGGGAAGAGACCAAAUUGUUUGAGCAAGCAGUCUAAAUCACUUCUUGCUGCUGUAUCGUUCACACCCACAAUUUCAACUUGGACAGGAAGUUACAGACGUAUAAGGGCAUAUGUACCCAAGCACCAAUCGAUGCAGUUAAAAAAUACUGCUCAGGUACAACACAUCAAGGGACUGCCUACAGACUGGGAGGCAAAAAUGGACAAAAUCCAUCAGCUAUACUCAAGGGUCCCAGCUUACAAUAAAAUUUCAAAGCAAUACGAGUUGGACUUCAGAGAUAGGGGAAGAGCUGGGCUUAGAAUCCAAAGUUCAGUCAAGAAUUUUCAGCUGACACUGGAGGAGAACGGAAAGCAGACAAUCCUGCAGCUAGGAAGGGUUGGGAAGUCAAAAUAUGUAAUGGAUUACAGGUAUCCUUUGACAGGCUACCAGGCAUUUUGCAUUUGUCUGGCGUCAAUUGAUUCAAAGCUUUGUUGCUCAGUAUAA